AUGCGCCUGUGCAACUAUUGUCUUAAUCUUAGAUGGUCCUACAGAGGUCCAGAGUUUUCGGAAAUCCAGCGACUUUUUCAGCGUAUGCCUGUGGAAUUCCUUGCAUCCCAUUCCCAGACCUUAGCCCGAAAUAACUGUCAGUGCAAGAAGAGCCGUUCAGCCAGGUUGUCGAGGCCCCUUGUGCGGCAAAGAUCGGAGGCUUUGGAAGUCAGGCAUUCGAACGCUGCACUCACGGGGUCCCAGACGCUCCUGGCACUGAAGCCGCCAAGGAGCGCACCUGAUGCAAAGGCGCCAGGUGGGCUGUUGGUGAAAGCUGGCACAAAGUUGCCGCGGCCAGAGGAGGCGCCUGCCUUUGUAAUUCCGCGGACGGCGGAGGAGAAGCUCCAAGUGGAGGCGGAGGCUGCCGCAUUUGCCCUGCUGCGCGGCUGUGGUAGCGUGCAGGUGGGCCAUGGCAAAGAGAGCAGCGGCAAUGACUCCAG